CUCCUCAUGUCCUGGGUCGUGUUCCUGGCCGGAGUGACCCAGACAUCGUCCCACGCUGGAUGCAUUGCUGUGGCAGCUCUGCUCCACUACUUGAUCCUGUCAUCCUUCAUGUGGAUGUUGAUGGAGGGAAUCUUGCAGUAUCUGCUCUUUGUCAAGGUCAUGAACACAUACUUCACUCACUACAUGUGGAAGACAUCCAUACCAGCAUGGGGUACGUUAGAAAUCCAUACCAGCUUAUUUUUUUUAGACAUCCAUACCAUAAUCUUUAAAAAUAUACUGUUGUUUACUUGAUCUGCUCCUGAACGCAGAUCAGUUUAAAGUGUACUCUUUAAAAUUAAUUUAUGAUUACACGAUUACAGUUUUGUGCAAUACGUCAUUUAACGAUUAAAGUUAACACAUUUCUUGAUCUAACCCCACCAGGUCUACCUGUCAUCCCCGUUGCAAUUGUUUUGAUUAUUGAUCCUGGUCUUUACAGAGGAGGAAACAAAUAGUAGGUUAAACAUUAAAAAAAAAAAAUAUUAUUCAAAUUGAAAAUGUAUUCAUUUAAUUUGCAACUCUCUUGGUGUGGAAUGACAUGAAGUAUUUUUACAAUUAAAACGUUUGCACUCUCUAUUGCGAACAACAUGGAAAAAUUUGAAGCAUCGAGCCGUAUUAGAAACAGGAUGCGAUGUUUGUUAUAACCUAUCUGAACUAAAGACAUUGGCUGUGUCCCACCUUGUUGGUUUACAUAUAUUAUAUAUUUUUUUAAAGAAUUAGGAUUAGGGACUUAAGAAAUAGUUGAACAAGGUUUGUGGAAGCUUGAAAUAUAAAGAAAAAAGAAAAGAGCCUUUGGGCUAAGAGUCUUCCUCAACAGACAGGACAAAUAAAGGAACAACAAGAAAUAGAAAGUAGUUUUAAAAAAAACUUAAGAGCUCGCCAGUAAAUGUGCUUGCCUGAAGUUGGGAUUUUUUCAAAACCAAGUUUACAGGAAUUAAAAGAAUUUAUUGAUCACUGCUGUGACAAAUAAGAUUUUAACCUACUCAAAUAUUUUGGAAUUAUGAAAAAUAUAAGAAAUACGAAAAUAAAUACAAGGAAAUGUAUUUUAGGCGUACAUAUUGAACUUGAAGAGCUUAAAAUAUUUAUCAAAUCUAUGUCAAACUUUUUUGAAUUUGUAUUUAUGUUUUAAUUUUGUGUUUUAUUACUCUCAUUCUAAUCCCCAGCUGUUGGAUGUCCCUGCCUGCCUUCUACUACAGCUUUGUUAUCCCCGUUGGCCUGAUCGUCUUGACCAACAUUGUCAUUUUCAUCAUGGUUGUGGUCAGCUUGUGCUGUCGGAAGAACAUGACAAAAUACUCUUCAAGUAGCCAGAACCAGACUGUCGUCAACAUUCGGGCUUCGUUCGUCUGUUUUUGUGUGUUGGGUGAGUGCAGUGAAAUGUUUGAACGUCCUGGAGUGCAGUGAAAUGUUUGAACGUCCAGGAGUGUAAUUUUUGGCUGUGUGUUCCAGAGAGUUGACGUCAAGAGAGGACCUACAAACUGGUUGCCCAGAGUUCAAACCCAGGGACCAGACAAACAGAUCCCCCAUGCCUAACAUAAAAUUAUUUCCUUCUGUCAGUGGCACCCUUGGGUUUAUGUUUAGAAUCCAGCCACGGUCACCACUGGAAUCCAUAAUCUCCGACCUAAUUAAUGGAAAUACCUCAUCAUAUAAAUAAAAAUCAUUUUAAUUACUUACAUCCAGUUCUAUUGAAGUAAAAAGGUGUGUGUGUCGGGGGGGGGGGGGUAAUGUCAUUUUGGUUUGGGGGGGGGGGGGGGAAAAGAAAGCGAGGGGUAGGAGGGGGGGGCUCCAUCCCCAAAAAAUAUUUGUUCAAUUUAAAGUCCAGGAAUGCAUUUUGGUGGGGGGGGAUAAUGUCAUUUUGAUUUGGGGGGUGGGGAGAAAAAGAAAGCGAGGGGUAUGAGGAGGGGGCUCCAUCCACAUAAAAUAUUUGAUCAAUUUAAAGUCCAGGAAUGCAUUUUGGCGCAUACCUCCUUUAGAUUUGUCUCAUUCUGCACAUAACCAGAGAACAACAGGAGAGUUGCAAGUGAACAGUCAGAUGACCCUUGACCUCAGAACCAUUGUGUCGAGUAGGGGGGCCCGAGAUCUCUCAGGGACUCAAAGUGUUGAUGUGGACAUUUAUUUUAAAUAUCAAAUUUGAACGCAUGUAAGCAUGUGUCCAAAAAUUAUUCGUCGUCCCCCCCCCCCCAAGAUUUUCUCUGAAAGAAACACGUUUUGGUUAGUAGCUCACACUUUUCUUUUUUACUUACCGUUUCAGGUCUGUCCUGGAUCUUUGGCUUCCUGGCCAUAGACGACGCCCGCAUUGUUUUCCAGUACAUAUUUUGUAUAUCUGUGUCACUGCAGGGAUUCGUCAUCUUUGCCAUGAUGACUGCACGGGAUAAAAAUGUCCGCGCCUUUUGGUCGUCCUGGCUUUGCUUUUUCUGUAAACGAGGAGGAUACAGC